AUGCCCAGGUCCGACUGUGUCUGUUGUAGAAGUACAUGUAGCGGUACGCGAGGAAAACUGUUGAAAUGCCUUCACUCGAUUUGUUUGGAAUGUUUGGAGAAGCAUACCGACGAUGAUAGUUCAGUAGGUUGUCCUGACUGUGGCGCGAUCACUCCACCACCACCGGUGGCUGGUGUUCCUUUGCUGCAGUACCUGCCAGACAGUGAUGUGUUGUCCAGCGAUGCAGGUGAGGCUACUGCCACAGUGCAAACUGAGAAACUGUGUGAUGAGUGUGCUGAGGAUGCUGCAGCAGUUGCUGUUUGCAUGGACUGUGGUGACAAUCUCUGUACUGGCCAUGCCAAGAUGCAUCCAACCUCACGGAAAUCGUACAAACACAAUGUUGUGUCAUUCAGCGAGGCUGUUUCAUCUACUCCUGACGCACUAAGGCUCACUAGCGCAAAGUGUCCACUGCAUCCAUCUUCUGAGCAAUCACACUUCUGCAUGGUUUGUCGAAAGAUCCUCUGUGACAAAUGCCUUGCAUCUAGUCGCCAUGACCAGCAUCGGCAGGAUUUGCUACCUGUUGAGCAAGCUGUUUCCACAAUCAGAGACUCUCUCAUUGCAAAGAUUUCUCUUUCUUUCUCUGGUGAAGAAAGUCAACUGGAGGAUGCAUUGGUUGCAACAGACAAGGCACUCUCGCAGCUGCAUGACCAAUCUGAAGCUUUAUCCUCGCAAGUCAAUGACUUCUUCACUCAGUUGAAGAAAGUCAUUGAUAAGCGACAGCGGCAAUUGCUGGAUGAGCUUGACCAACUGCAAUUACCGCAGUGCGUACAGUUGCAAGAGCGAAAGGAACGCAUCCUAUCCAGCUUAUCAACUGGGCAGCGAGUCAAACAUCUAACCGAGUAUGGCCAGUCUGACAGGAACUUCUUGAAGAUGUGUGACUGGCUGGAAGAUGCAACACAUGACGUCAUGGAUGCAGCUGAAGCGGAAGUGAAGCCAUUCCAGCCAGUUACUCUACAAUUCAUGACUGAUGACAACGAGGAGUCCAACACAGCUAUCUCCAAGGCCGGUUCUGUCAGCGUUGCAGUGUCCUCUGACAAGAGUGCCGUGACCAUUCCAGCUGACGUUGACGAAGGACAAGAUCUCCGUAUCUCCAUUGACCUGAGGAACGGACGUGGUGACACACUGACUGCAACAGACAAACGUCUGAACAGUGUGAAAGUGGAAGUGAUGACAAGGGAGAAUGACGUCACAAUCUGUCCGGUAAUCAAGGUAACAGACGCGGAAACCUCCUCCAGCCCAGUAGCCGCUGUAUUCAAGACAGCCGGAAAGAAGGGACAAGUCAAAGUGUCUGUCACAACCGACGCUGGCCACAUCCGGGGAAGUCCUGCAGUUGUGACUGUCGCUGAUGUAUUGCGGUUUGACACUGACGCAUGUAAUACCGGGCUGGCUCUAUCUAACAAUGGCAGAACCGUGAAAAAUCCUGGAAUGCAACGCAACGCAUCAGUGUAUGGCUUAGGACGGUGGAGCACGGGCAAGUACGACAUAUCUAUCCGCCUUGAUAUUGUUGGGCCUGCAUCCAGUAACUACUUGCUAGGCAUGUGCAAUGAGAAGGAGCCAGAUCUUAAAGGCUGGUAUCGUAGAUAUGCAUGGGAACGCUCUGGAACUAAGAGCGGCUCUUUGGGUCAGCCUUGGCGUUCUGGUGACGUGAUCCACAUGUCGCUGGAUUGUGAUAAUCAAACGCUGGUCGCUCGUCAUGACCGUACAGGAGCAGUAGAUACGAAGACGGAUGUAACAGGCGAGAUAUAUCUUUACUUCUGCACGUAUUGCGCCGGCGAUCAAAUUACUAUCCUAUGA